AUGAGUGGUAAACUGAAGCGGAAGGAGUGCAUGUACUUGCGCUGUAGCUUGACUGCUUUGAAAAGACAAACUUGUUCUCCUCCCCUUGAGUUCUUUUCCUGCGAGGAUCAUCCCGCCGAGCAUUUGGAAGAUGUUAAAGCCAGCAGUAUCAUGAUUGUCACCGCGGGCGCAGCGGUCCUAAAGGUCAACGAUGCUGAAGAGUCAGUCAAAGAGGGUGACGCCAUUUUCCUGGCUGUCGACGUGGGCGCGCUACCUGUCUCGACUUCCCCAGGUUUCACAGCAUACAGAGCGUUCACACCACUGAGCUAG